AUGUUAUCUAUCUACCUAUAUAUUUAUUUUAACUGCACUACCGAUAUCUGUGGGCUCUAUCUAUCUAUGUAUUUAUUUAUCUAUCUUUAUCUGUCUGCUAUCUCUCUAUCUAUCUAUACGUGUGCUCUCUUUCUAUCUAUUUGUUUGUGUUCUCGCUAUCAUAACUCUUUGUGCCUGGUCAUUCUCUACAUCGAUCUACCAUGUUCUCUCUCUCUCUCUCGCUGUCCUAUUUUCCGCUCUCUAAUUUUGCUCUAUCUAUACAACAAUUUUCUGCCUGCUCUAUCUGUUUAUCUAAGUCCGCUAUCUAAGUAUUUAACUAAGUCUGCUCUAUAUUUAAAUCGGCUCCAUUUAUCUAAAUGUAUAAAUCUGAUCUAUCUGCUGUAUGUGAUAUCUCUCUCUCUCUGCUAUCGAUUUAUAUGUGAUAUCUGUCUAUCGAUCUAUGGGCUCUAUCUAUCGAUAUCUAUGUUCUCUCUCUCUCGCUGUUUUAUUGAACACAAUGCUCCUGCCCUCAGAGCAGUCAUUGCAUUCGCUUGUCUUUGUCCCAGUCUUUUGUCUCAGGCUGUUUCUAUCAAUGUAUCUAUCACUGCGUGCUCUUGUCUCCUGAAACGUCGACCCAGCACAAUUAGAGAAGCUCGCAAGGGAUCGGAUCGGCUGGCGGUCUCUUUGCGUCGCCGGAGUGGCGCACUUCGAGGAAGAGAGAUGAGGAGCGCUCGAUGGAAGGCGACGCCAGCGUCCUCUGCAACUUGUCAAUUCUGCACUGGGCAUGUUUCCCUGCGACCUGCCAGAGAACUUGUCGUUCGCGGAUCGGGUUGCUAUCUCAGAAGGCGGACGGAGCGCCGUCGUCAGCAAUGA